AAAGUGGAGCCAAGAAUACUAACUCCCAGCCAGCCCGCCGCGUCAACUCCAAUCUCGGGGAACCUGUGUCUGGAGCGGACCCAGCUCGCCCACCCCUGCGGAUGGGGGUUGGAGGAAACCAGCUUUGCUCCGCCCCCGGAGCUGGGCGGUGACCUGUAGGCGGCAGCGCGCCCUGGGCGCUCUCGCAUAGGGCACAGCGCUGGAAGCGCGGAUUCCCUUGAGCUCGCGGAGGUAGAAGGCCCGCGGCGACAUGAGCUCUGUGCCAGCGUUCCUGAGCGCGGCAGAUGUGCAGGACCACCUCCGCAGCUCUAGCCUACUCAUCCCGCCUCUGGAGGCGGCUCUGGCCAACUUCUCCAGCGGCCCCGAAGGAGGGGUCAUGCAGCCGGUGCGCACCGUGGUGCCCGUGGCCAAACACAGUGGUUUCCUGGGGGUCAUGCCCGCCUACAGUGCAGCAGAGGACGCCCUGACCACCAAGUUGGUCACCUUCUAUGAGGGCCACAGCACCACCUCCACUGUCCCCUCCCAUCAGGCCACUGUGCUACUCUUCCAGCCGAGCGAUGGCUCCCUUCUGGCGGUCAUGGAUGGAAAUAUCAUAACUGCAAAGAGAACAGCUGCAGUGUCUGCCAUCGCCACCAAGUUUUUGAAACCCCCCAGCAGUGAAGUGUUGUGUAUCCUUGGAGCUGGCGUCCAGGCUUAUAGCCAUUAUGAGGUCUUCACAGAGCAGUUCUCCUUUAAGGAGGUGAGGAUAUGGAACCGCACCAAAGAAAAUGCAGAGAAGUUUGCGAACACAGUGCAAGGAGAGGUACGGGUCUGUUCAUCGGUUCAGGAGGCUGUGACCGGGGCAGAUGUGAUCAUCACAGUCACCAUGGCAACGGAGCCCAUUUUGUUCGGUGAAUGGGUGAAGCCCGGGGCUCACAUCAAUGCCAUCGGCGCCAGCAGACCUGACUGGAGAGAGCUGGAUGAUGAGCUCAUGACACAGGCUGUGCUGUAUGUGGAUUCCCAGGAGGCCGCCCUGAAAGAGUCUGGAGAUGUCCUCUUGUCAGGGGCCGAGAUCUUCGCUGAGCUCGGAGAAGUGGUAAAGGGAGUGAAACCAGCCCACUGUGAGAAGACUACGGUGUUCAAGUCUUUGGGAAUGGCGGUGGAAGACAUGGUUGCAGCCAAACUUGUGUACGAUUCCUGGUCAUCUGGUAAAUAAAACGAAGGAACUUUGUGUUGAAUGGAUGCUACAGCUCAAGGGGUAUUAAACUAGUUGUCUCAUAAUCUCUAGAUUAGAUGAGGGAGCCCAGUGAUCUAUAGUUUUGUGCUUAUCCUGUCUUACCUUAAAUAAUGAGAUCCCCUUUUGUGUUUGUAGUUAGAAAGCAAAACUAAGUGGCCAUUCUCUGUUAUUCCAGAUUAUAUUAGCACUCCCUUUCCCCUGUAUUUCACUACCUUUUGUAAUCCCUUGAAAUAAAGCUUUUUCCCAUUCUGCA